UCAUAUGAGUUCACGGCAACUGAUGAAGAUGUGACAAUGUUAUAUUCGACAAGGGACACCCUCAGCUAUGGAGCACCAAAACCGAGCUCGCCGGCACCGUUCAUCCUUGGAAGGGGUUAUCGUUCCUUCAUCCCAACCCUUGAAGCCUGAAGAGCGUAACCUCGCGAUCCGAAUCUUCAAUGAGAUCAUUUCGGACUUUGAACCAUCUCAGACGACGACAGAUACUGGCUAUAAACCAGUCACUCUGAUCCGUCUCAUGAAAUGUGAGGUUUCUGAGAAAGACGAGUUCUUGAAUCUCUUCUUCUCUUUUCUCCAGCGAGACAUGCUUGACGAAUGCGAGGAAGAAACUGGGCUUAACCAAAUCCUGUCACAUCUCACUGGUUUUAAUAACUGGCCAUGAGAUGAAAAAGCCAUAUUAAUGGGAAGCCUUUCUUCCUUCGCUAAUUUCUUCUUGCCCUUGAAAGCACUGGCAGUAAAAACCCCUCAACCGACUCCAGCAAGUUCCCAAUCUAAAACACCCGAAACCGCAAUUGGCACCCCUCAACGUGUUUCAAAUCUGCGACAAGCGUGCCUUAUACGUGACCGCC